CCACUGCGCGUUGACCCGCCCUCGAUCGAUUUCCACGCGGUAUCCAGGAUCGCGCAACGUAAAGAUCGACCCUCGACUGUGCAAAGUCGCCUGCACCGCAUGGUUCGCUGCGCACUGCCACAUCUACGUUAGCUGCUCUCAGCAAGCCGCCCAUCAUCGGUCUUCUAUAGGAAUUCUGGACACCCAAUGGAGCACGAGGAGCGGACGCGCCCGCGAUCGUACCGUGCUACCACUAGUCGUCCGCGUUUUUUGGGUACUUAGUGGCGACGGUGUCAUGUCCUGCUCGUCAGUGUACUCGGGCCGUAUAAGACGGCUCCUUCGUCGUUCUCUUCCGCUAUCUCAGUGGCUUGAUUCACCUCACAUCCUGACGACGAUCACCGCACCAAUAUAUAGCCCACUCCUCCCUCGGCCGUUGGUUUUGAGCUCGCUCUGACUCACAAAUAUCGCGAGUAAACGCUGUCAAAAUGAGCUCGACUUCAACGGACGAAGCCGCAGAGAUCGCCGCAUACAUCGCCGCCUUGGAAUUCAACUCAGUGCAGCUUUACUGCGUCGCCAGCGCCAUCGCCCUGCUCGUCUACCACUACAUAACAACGCUCGACCUCGAGUACACGCACUUCUGGGCGAAGCGCAGGUUCGGCGUCGCCUGGGCCCUCUUCCUCGCCAACCGCUACCUCCCGCUCGUCGCAUACAUCUACCAGGCACCGUGGUGGCCGGUCACCUUUGAUCCUACGCGGUUUCAGCAAUAGUCAUCUCGCAAUACAUCCUCGAAUUCUCACAGUACGCCCUCUGGUGUAGCCAUAGCGUACCUGCGAGUACACGCGCUCGGGAAGAGCCGGGCGCUCUCCAUUCUCGUCCUAGUCCUCGCGCUCGUCCCCGUCGUAUUCGACAUCGUGCUGCUGACGUACAUGCACCCCGCGAUCGACCCCGCCGCGGGCUGUCUCCUCGACUCAAGCCGCGUCCCAUUCGAGUUAUACGAAAUGUGUUGACGUCCUGUCCUACACUGCCUGGGUGCUCUCCGAGGCUAUCGUCGUCGGGGUCACGCUCGCCGCGACGCGGCACCACAAAAGCCUCGCAGGCGCGCUGGGCCGCGGGCAGAGGUCGCUCUCCGCCGUUCUCUUCCGUAAUGGCCUCAUUUACUUCGUGACGCUCACGGUGCUCAACAUCACCCAACUCAUCGUCAACGUCAUCUCGAUUGUACGGCCGAGUACUGGAAUCAACCUAGUCAGCUCCAUGUUAAGCUUCAUCGCACCACUCACCUCCAUCCUCCUCACGCGAUUCUAUUUCGACCUGCAAGAGACCGCCUCCCCGCCCUCACGUUCAGCCGGCGCCGCAUUGCCCGGCUGGUCACGCACCACGGGCGACCUCGACUUCUCGCUCGGGGCGCACACUCUUGUGUUCGCAGGGGAGUCUGCAUCCCACUCAGGCGGCCAGACGGAAUCGAACACCAGCAGCAGCCCCAGUGGGAACGUCUCGCGGGACUUGCCAGGCGUGCAUGCAAUCGAGCUCGA